CAUAACUAACCUUGGAUGUCAUCUUCACACUCAGGGUCAUUGUGUGAUUUGACAGCUGCAACAGCAGCACGCAGGUUAUGUAAGGAAGGGCACACGCGAGUACAUUACACAAAGCAGCACUUGGAAGUGGAAAUGUCGAGCCUGUCGGCAGCCAGUGUUGAGUCUUCACCAGCUAUUGAGGGAACAGAGCAGAAGAAACCUCUGAAACCUUGCUGUGCGUGUCCUGAGACAAAGAAAGCAAGAGAUGCCUGCAUCAUUGAAAAGGGAGAAGAAAGCUGCACAGACCUCAUCGAAGCUCACAAGGUGUGCAUGAGGUCACUUGGUUUUAAGAUCUAACACCAUCAUGAUGUAAUUGCGUGGAUGUUUGUAACUGGCUGUGUGAAAUGGACCUGGUGUAUGCUUCAUUUUUAUUUAUACUUAAACACUGGAGGGAAGAUUAUGCAGUACUGAAAUUGUUUCUGAGGGAAAUAUUGUCUUAUUUUCUGUCUUUUUCAUAUGUGCAUAUUGUUACUUAAGCUUAAGAUGAAUAAAGAUCCUAUGCAAGA